AUGAAGCGUCGAGCGAACAUAUUGCGUGUCGGCGCGCUGUGUGCGCUAGUCGCGUGCGUGUCGGAUGCACACUUUGUUGCAGCCGAACACGUCGACGUUGGUGCACCCAACUUCGGACUGUUCGACUUUGCGUCUCAAUUCAUCAGCACCGCCUCGAGCGGCGCGGAACAGACGCCACCCAUUUUCACGGCGUUUCAUUCUUCCGGAGGCAACUGGGACGGGUUUCUCGCGGCUGCUCGCGCCCUCGCGCGUGGUGACACUGGUCAAAUGACCGCGUCGUUUAUCGACGCCGCGCUGAGGGGUGAGUCGUCGCCGAAUUCCACUGGUUUGUGGUUCCGAGAUGCAACAGCAAACGCAACGACGAUGACGUCCUGGGUUAACAACACCGACGACGAGCUGGAGAUGCAAAAACGCAUGGCGUUUCGAGAUAUUUUUAACGACGUUUUGAAUUCCACGGCGUCGAGCAUGUAUAAUGUCAUCGACAGUCGAGAUCCAACUGGUGAAAGCUGGCGCAACAAAAUCAUAGAGGGGGUCAGAGACGCCGAGAUUUACGGCGACAUGAUCUUCAACGCCAGCACCGAAUCCAAUCGGCGCGCUGCCAUAAUGCUCUAUGAUCGGGUUGCUUCGCAGAUGUUUCGGUCUAGAGCCAUCUUACGCUCGGCGGCGUCCGGCGACGUCACGGCGGCGAAUGAACUGUUUUUUGGCGUCGCCGACGGACCAUUCACGAACUCCAACUCGCAAUGGACAAUUACCUCCGCGACGACGCGCGACGGCGACGUCGAAGUCGAGAGCACAAAUGAUGAUUCCUUGCGAGGUAUCAAAGCGUACGUUCUCAUCGCCGUGGGCAUCGUUUGCGUACUUUCCGCGGCGGCGCUCUUCGCGCGGCGGUCGCGAUCGAGCAAACGGCGCUCGCUCGUCGUCGACGCCGAGCCUUCGGCGACCACGGCGAAGCGCGACACGCGUAAGCAAAUAGAAACGCUCGACGAACGCGACGAACGCAUCGACGCCCUGAAGCAUGUAUUGUGA